AAUAUAAUAAAUUCCAUUGAAAAGCCAGAAAAGAACAAUCAAAGAUGCUUUUACUUGUCUGUAGCACUACAAGUUUCUUGCAGUGAAAAAGCCAUAUCUCCUCUCCCAUUUAGCCUACAAAUGGGUGACUCUUAUGUCCAUUCUUCUUCAUCUUUCUUCUCUUAUAAUUCACUUCUCAAAAGCUCUUCACCCUAUCUUUCAUGGCCUCUCCUUCUCCUCUCCAACUUCUCUUCUUCCUCUCUUUACCUUGGCUUCUUAUCACUCCCACUUCAUCAAAUCAAAUUCCUCAGAAAUAUGUUGUUUACAUGGGAAGUUCAUCUAAUGGAAAUGGAGGAGAUGCUAGAAUUGCAGAAUCAGCUCAUUUGCAGACAUUAUCCUCCAUUGUACCAAGUCAUGAAAGUGAAAGAAUAUCUCUAAUCCAUCAUUAUAAUCAUGCUUUCAAUGGGUUCUCUGCCAUGCUUACACAGAGUGAAGCUUCUGAAUUGUCUGGCCAUGAUGGAGUUGUAUCAGUGUUCCAAGAUCCAACUCUUCAACUCCACACCACACGUUCUUGGGAAUUCUUGGAGGGAAAAUCAGGCAUGCAAUCCAGCUACAAGUAUCCUCAUGUAUCAAGUGAUGUAAUUAUUGGGGUCAUUGACACAGGCAUAUGGCCCGAGUCUCCAAGUUUCAGUGACCAUGGAAUUGGAGAAAUCCCUUCUAGAUGGAAAGGAAUUUGCAUGGAAGGACAUGAUUUCAAGAAAUUCCACUGCAAUAAGAAGCUGAUAGGAGCAAGAUACUAUGACGCAAUCCUGAGAACCUACAAAAAUAACAAGACCUAUGUGGCCAAACCAGGAGGCUCACCAAGGGACUAUAUUGGGCAUGGCACCCACACCACAUCUAUAGCAGGUGGGGCUCGAGUAGCUAAUGUAAGUUACUAUGGCCUAGCAGAAGGCACAGCUAGGGGUGGAUCUCCUUCAACUAGGUUAGCAAUCUACAAAGCCUGCACAUUAGAUGGUUGCUCUGGCUCCACCAUCUUGAAGGCAAUUGAUGAUGCAAUUAAGGAUGGAGUUGAUAUAAUUUCUAUUUCUAUUGGGAUGAACUCAAUUUUUCAAUCUGAUUACAUUAAUGACCCCAUAGCAAUUGGUGCAUUUCACGCACAACAAAUGGGUAUCAUGGUAAUUUGCUCUGGUGGUAAUGAUGGACCUGAUCCUUACACUAUUGUCAACUCUGCUCCUUGGAUUUUUACUGUUGCAGCUUCUAAUAUUGAUAGAGAUUUCCAAUCCACUGUCCUUCUUGGAAAUGGGAAGACUUUCAAAGGAUCUGCCAUUAAUUUCUCAAACCUCACUCGCUCAAGGACUUAUCCUCUAGUGUUUGGAGAGGAUGCUGCUGCCAAGUUUACCCCAGUUUCGGAAGCAAGGAAUUGCCAUCCAGGAUCAUUAAAUGGACAGAAAGUUGCUGGCAAGAUUGUGGUUUGCAUUGACAAUGAUUUUAGAAUUCCUAGACAAAUCAAGAAAUUAGUUGUAGAAGAUGCCAGAGCCAAAGGGUUGAUUUUGAUCAAUGAGGAUGAGAAAGCUGUACCCUUUGAUUCUGGUGUUUUUCCAUUUGCAGAAGUUGGCAAUAUUGCAGGAGCUCAGCUCCUUCAAUACAUAAAUUCUACCAAAAAUCCAACCGCAACAAUCCUUCCAGCAGUUGAUGUUCCGCACUACAAACCAGCACCAGUUGUUGCAUAUUUCUCUUCCAGGGGCCCUGGACAGCUUACAGAAAACAUUCUGAAGCCAGAUAUAAUGGCUCCAGGAGUUGCCAUAAUUGCUGCCAUGAUUCCCAAAAAUGAAUCAGGAAGUGUUCCAAUUGGAAAGAAGCCAUCAGGAUAUGCUAUAAAAUCUGGGACAUCAAUGGCUUGCCCUCAUGUAACAGGAGCUGCUGCAUUCAUCAAAUCCAUUCACCGCGAGUGGAGUUCUUCCAUGAUCAAAUCUGCUCUUAUGACAACAGCCACUGUCUACAACAACUUGGGGAAACCCUUGACAAACAGCUCACAUUCAAAUUCAAAUCCACAUGAGAUGGGGGUUGGAGAGAUAAACCCACUCAAAGCUCUUAAUCCAGGAUUAGUUUUCGAAACAAUAACAGAAGAUUAUCUUCAAUUCCUUUGUUAUUUUGGGUACUCAGAGAAGAAGAUUAGAUCCAUGGCGAACAAAAACUUCAACUGCCCAAGAAUCAGCUUUGAAAAACUCAUCUCCAAUAUUAAUUACCCAUCAAUCUCCAUUAGCAAACUUGAUAGACACCAAGCUGCACAGACCAUAAAAAGAAGUGUAACAAAUGUGGGAUCCCCAAAUGCUACAUACAUAGCUAGAGUGCAAGCUCCAGAGGGACUAGUUGUGAAGGUGUUACCAAAGAAGCUUGUUUUCAAGGAGGGCUUAUCAAGAAUCUCUUUCAAUGUUUCCUUCAAUGGCAGAAUGGCUCCUAGUGGAUACAACUUUGGGUCUGUGACAUGGGUUGAUGGCAGCCAUUCUGUUCAUCUAGUGUUUACAGUAAAUGUUGAAUAGGAAGAACACAGAAGUCACACUGGAGGGACAAAGAAAUUGGAAGAAAGUUGUAAACAACUUGGAAUCACACUUUUCUUUAAUGAAAAUAGUGUAGGAUUGGACAAUAAUAUUUUCUUUUGUGAGGGUAAAGAUAAUGAUUGAUGCUAUCCUAUUCUUUGAUUGACCAA